GGAGUCCGGAGGCGCCCAGUUUAGGGAGAAACACACACGGGCAACUUCAUCCGCGCGCGCUGCUCAAACACACACACACACACACACACCGCGGAGAGCGAGGACAGGACUUCCGGUGACUUCAGCCUGAACACAGAUAAAAGAAGAUUCAUUCCAAGGAUUUAUUUAUAGAAAUAAAAGCGGGAAUGUUUAUUAAUGGUCUGAUUAUUUAAUCAGGUAAUUAAACUAUUGAUGAAUUGAUUGAUUGGUGUUUGUCAGGCUCGCGGCGUCUCUCGCAGUGCGCACCGAAUACCCACGGAGCGCGCGACCUGACCGCCGUGGAAAGUUUUCUUCAACAUUAACUAACUCAGAUUGGAGGAAACCCACAAACCCCUGGAGCUUCAUGAUCUUUCACGGACAGAAGGAAAACAAACAAACAUGAUUUCCUUCGUUUUAUUUCCGGCGAAGAUGAUGGUCAGCUGCUCUCGCGCGGGAUGAGGAAGAUGAUGGUGUUAAAGCAGCACAGAUACAGUACGGAUUAAGUACGUAGUUGGACAUACAUUUAUACACACACUCACACACACACACACACACACACACACACACACACACACUCUCACGAGGAUGAUGGAGAUGAAGACGCAGCGGUGUGUGUGGAGAAACCAGUUCCCGGCUCUAGUUCUUCUGUUCGGCUGUCUUUACCGGGUGAGUGCGGGGCGUUCCAGCUCGAUGUCAGAGACACUUCCUCGUUUCUCGUCCUCUUUUUCAUCAUCUCUCCCCAUUUCUUGUCAUCUGCAUGGUGCCGACUUGUCCUUCUUCCUGGUCAGUGACUCUCCACAGGAAGUGAUGCGCAACGGAACUCUCAGCUCACUUACUCAGCCUCUCUAUCUCCAUUUAUUGCACUCUGGCUCCACCCCUUCACUGUCUGUCAACUGUAGCUAUAUCAACAUCACUGCCGAGGCCCUGGUACCUCCGGAGCUCAUGCAGGGGGUGGGGCUAACUCCUGGAGCAGGCCCUGUCUCUUCCUCGAAACCUUUAUUGAGCUGGAAAGUAAAAGCUCACCUGCUAAGCUCAUCAAUUGGGGCAGAGCAACCUCAGGUAUAUGUUUUGUUCUAUAUGAUUGGACACAGGUGGAAGGAGGCAGACCUUCCUCUGGAGAACUUACCGUAUGUAUGCGUCGUGGGGACACGGGAUCAAUCGGAUGACUCCAUCUCCGCUGCUUGCAGACUGCAGGGUAUUCUGGGAAUGUGUGUUGUCCAGCUAAAUGUCCCUAUGUCAUGGUUCAGUCCGGUGCUGAGUCGCAGGCGUCUGCAGGAGCCGGCUAUUGAGCUGCAUUACUCCCUGUGGCUUGCAGACGGUGGGGACGCUGAGUGUGCAGGUGGGAGGGACCGAGGAAAGGGCGUAGGGGACAUGCAGCGGAUCGGGUUGGUGACCCUAUCCUCCGGGGAUAGUAAGAGUGAUGGGACGAGGGUGAGAUUGGACAAGAACGUGGAGAUCAUCAUGCCAUCUCUCCCCGUUAAACAGGGACAGAAGGUCAAAUUCAAAAUCCUGAUGAACACUGUGUCUACCACCGAACAGCUCACACUGAGGGCGCAGUACGGCGAAGGCAUCAACUACGUAGCAGUAAAACCCAGUAACCUGGCGACAUGGGAAAUCAAACAGGAAGUGGCUCCAGGCUCCGCCUCCUUUUCCAUAUUCUGUGAGAGGAAGCCAUCCAAUGAGAGGAUGGACGGCUCCUUCGAGGAAGUGAUGGUGGUGGAUUUUGAGAUGGAUAACUUCAUCACACUGCAGGCAUCUCACGCCAUCCUGUGGAGAGUCGAAUAUCCAUCUACAGGAGAAACGGCAGAAUCCGUCACACUGGUUUAUGUCAGACAGAGGGACAUCCUGGGCAUUGUUCCCCUCGCUGAGGACACAGAGAUCCUAAACACAGCGAUUCUUACUGGCCAGCGCGUGUCACUCCCUGUGAAGGUGGUGACUGUGGAUCAGGACGGGACCGUGAGAGAGGUUGAUGAUCCAGUCACCUGCAGGUCCACUGAUGAAGAUGUUCUGAAGGUGUCUCCAGCCUGUGAUGAGGUGUAUGUGAAUGGUAAAGAGAUGAGGGGGCGUGUCUCUGUGCAGGUGAACUUUACAUACCUAUACUUAAACAGCCAAUUAGAGUUAAGCGUCUGGGUGCCACGGUUACCACUGCAGAUCGACGUCUCUGAUGUGGAAUUGAGUCAGGUGAAAGGAUGGAGAGUUCCAAUCACAGGAAACAAGAGGCCGACGCGGGACAGUGAUGAUGAUGAAGAUGACGAGCGCAGGGGGAAGGGCUGUACACUGCAGUAUCAGUACGCUCUCGUUCGUGUUCUCACACACCUGGUGGCCGAGCCAAGUGACCCCGCACAUGACCUCAUCCACAUGCUGGGCCCUGAUUGGUCAGCUGAUAUCACUGACCUGGUGCUGGAUUUCCUCAAAGUGGAGGACGAGCGAAUCGCACGACUCACAGAUGGACGAGUGUUAAUGGGUAGGGACCUGGGCAUCACCACCAUACAGGUAAUCUCUCCUCUGUCCGACUCCAUCCUGGCUGAGAAGACCAUCACUGUGCUGGAUGAUAAAGUCAGUGUGUCUGAUCUCCUCGUUCACAUCGUCAGCUCUCUCUCCAUCUCGCUUCAGCUCAGUCCACAACACCAUAACGCUAUUUACAUCACUGCUACUGCUAAUGACCUGCUGCAGACACACAAACAGGAAGCAUUGAUCAGUGCAUGGGUUCAGUACAGCGAUGGCUCCGUGACUCCACUCAACAUCUAUGACUCGAAAGACUUCACGCUGGCUGUGACCUCACUGGAUGAGAACGUGGUCUCCACCAAUCAGGAUCAGCUUCACGCCUGGCCAAUGGUGACCGCAGAGCAUGAAGGUCAGGGGUCACUGGUGCGUGUAGAGAUGCUGAUCUCGGAAACGUGUCAGAAGUCCAAAAGGAAGAGUGUUUUGGCGAUGGGGGUUGGAAGCGUGAGGGUGAAAUUUGGCCAGGAGGAAAAAAACAGGGUGCAGGGCGAGGGAAGAUACAGCGAUUUGGACAACGGCACCAGGGAACAUAAACACCAUGUCCAAGUUUUAGAAGAAGAAACUGAUGAAGAUGGAGAUGGAUGGAAGUUCACAAAGGCAGAGGAAGUUGCUCUUAGGAAAGUCAGCACUACUACAAAGUCCUCCAUAACCAAUCAGGUGAGCAAUAAUGACAGGGGGGAAGGGCAGAUUAAUAACCCCACCCAGGAUGAGAUCCCGAGUGACGAGCUGGCAGCAAACCCGCGGCGUCUUUCAGACCUGGAGAUCGGCAUGUACGCACUGCUCGGUGUCUUCGGCCUUGCCAUCCUCGUCUUCCUCAUCAACUGCAUCAGCUUCGCCUUCCGCUACCGACACAAGCAACUUCCUGUUUUGGACCGCGGGACUCUUAACCAUGCCCAUGACUGGGUGUGGCUGGGGAACGGGGCGGAGCAGGAUCGGCAUCAAGGUGACGCGGAGCUCACCACAACGGCCAUCGAUCGCAACGAAGGUGUGGAGGAGAGCAAAUAUCUACUGAACCUCAACCUGAAUGGGGGCGGGUCUCAGAAAAGAAGCUCCACCCAUACACAGGAAGGGGCGGAGCCGAGCGUGAAAAAGAGAGUCAAAUUCACACCUUUCACGACAGUGAUGACGGACGAGAGCAUGCCGUACGCCAACGUGAUAGGAAACGAAGACGAUAUAAAGUGGGUUUGUCAGGACGUGGAUGUGGGGACCUAUAUGGAGAGACUGCAAGACAAUCUGUGAACAAAGGAAUUAAAAAAGCAGAAAGAGAGAGAGAGAGAGAGAGAGAGAGAGAGAGAGAGAGAGAGAGAGAGAACAGACUCAAUACAAACUCACCUGUAAUGCCUUUGCACAGAGGAGGAAUAAAUUCACCCAGACUGGAGAGAGCAAGAAAAAAGAUGACAAUAAUCAAGUGAAAGAUGAACAGAUUAAAUGUUUAUUCAUUGACUUUAUUUCAUAAAAAACAUGUUUAAGAUUAAGAAUAAAUACACUAAGAAAUAAAAAAAGCACAGAGAAAGAAAGAAAGAAAGAAAGAAAGAAAGAAAG